UAGUACGAGAAAGUUCUCGUGCGGAAGAACGAUUUCAAGGAAUGUCUUGAGUGUAACCUGUGACUGUAUUUGAGCAAAUAUUCUCGCCAUGGAUCUUAUCCAUGUGAGCAAAACACGGCUGCUGCUCUUCGUAGUUUUCGGGUGGUGUUUCGGGGAGGAGAGCAGGGAGUUCACUUUUCUUUUGCAAGCCGGGAAAUCCGAUUGUUUCUUCCAACAGGCAAUACAGAAUGGUACGAUGGAGGUCGAAUAUCAGGUUAUAGGAGGAGCUGGCAUGGAUGUGGAUUUCACCAUCCUGAAUCCAGAGGGGACCCCGAUGGUUGCAGAGACCCGUCGCUCUGAUGGCGUUCAUGUGGUGGAGCCCACAGUGGAGGGAGACUAUCAAGUCUGCUUUGACAACAGCUUCAGCCACUUCUCAGAGAAGAUGGUGUUCUUUGAGCUGUAUGUCGAGGGACAACGAGGAGAUGUGGAUGGUGGUGAUGAGUGGACCGGUUCAGAGGAGUUGGAUGAAAACAUGUUGCAGUACAAGCUGCAGGAUAUGAGGGAGUACAUGGACUCUGUACACAAACGUCUGGAGCGUAGUCGGCAGAUGCAAACGGUGCUGCGAGCUUUUGAGGCGAGGGACAGAAACCUUUUGGAAGAUAACCUGUGGAGGGUGUCGUUUUGGUCAUGUGCCAGUGUGCUGGUGAUGCUGUGCGUGGCCUUCACGCAGGUCUACACUGUGCGUAAACUUUUUGACGAUAAGCGGAGAGUGUUCACAUAAAAGCAACUCUCAGCUGUGACAAGACAGGCUGGGCGGGGAUCGCAAUCCACUACGAGGGUGGAGAUUUUUAAUUGUACAGGAACACCAGCUGUCAGCAGCAAUUGAUGUGGUUUGACAUCGGAAAGCUUGUCAUGCACCACUCUGAACAAGAACAGUUCACAAUGAAGAACAAAUCCUGUUUGUGGUCUUUUUGGUUCCUUUAGUGCCUUGAUGUGACAUUUUCGCACAAACCAAUGCAAAAAUACAUUUUAAAAGGCACUGCAGUUCAUUUUAAAGUGGUAUGGCUAGCUUCAUGCUCCAAGUUAUAAUUUUGCUUUUGCUAAAGGUUAAAGGUCAGUGGCUUGUAAAAUCUAUCAGCCUUUCCAUUUACACAAUUUGCAAUAGUUUUGCAUUUGUUCGAUUUGUUUUUUCUCUAGACGGAGCUUGUUUGAAAAAUUAAUUAUGAAGAUCAUGGUCCUGCCCCUUUGUAUUUAAUAAUUGUACUCUGAACCUUUGAGGGAAUGCAUCCAUUGAGUCAUACUGCUGUUGUAAAAUUUGAAAGCAACGAUUUCAAGACAGCCAUCGCUAUGAUUUUGUUUUUAAAGGUUUUGUGAUAGACUGUCUCGAAUUUUGUGUAAAAAAUGUUGUACUUGAUAUUAAAAGAAUAAAAUCAGUACUUACAAAAACUUA